CGACCGGGUAGUGGGGUUAUACCGGUGUCCCGGCAGACAGCUUGGCGUCCUACGGUUCGCAUUACGAGAAACCGUAGCCUUUCCCCGUCUAUCGCCUCCUCUCGCUUCGUGCACCGCCGCGGCGGUACCGGAUCUCUCGCGCACGCUCGCCUCGCUCCGUUCGCGCGCGAUGUCGUUGGCUCGGUUUCUUCUUCCCGAAGGGAGUUUAUCAUCGACGACUCUCCUCUCCCUCGCCUUGCCCCUCUCGAUCCGAUUUCUCGCGCGGUCUCCGUGCGCUUUAAAUCGCGCGUACAGCCAGCGACACGCGCGUGCGAGCACGCUCGUUCGCCGGAUGUCUUUUAAUUAUCGCCGAGAAAUGCCGCGGCCAUAUUGGCCGGCCGAUUCUGGGAAUUUCGAAAGGUUCGUGUUGUACGUGUGUCUCAGGAAGCUUACGGCGACACUUUUCUCGUAACUUCGCUUGGUUUAGAGAGACGGAAGAGGCUAGUCAAAGGCUCAAUUAUCCACGCGUUGAUACGCAAGUUUACGCAGGAGGGCGGAGACGAUUGCGAAAAGCUAGAAAGACGACGACGAGCGAGUCGCCGUUCGUCGGCCGUGCGACGUCACUUGACAUGCUUAAGAGAACGUCCUCAGCAUCAUUGAGAGGGAAAGAUGUGCGCAUCCUCGUUUCACCCGGACGUAUGGACGGCGGGCAGCGCGCUCCUGUUACACAGGUCAUCGCCGGAAGGAAAAGCGUCGAGAUUGUCGAAGAGCUCCGCCAUCUCGAUCUCCCGGGAUUGGGUAUUGACGCACGGCACCGUGCUGGACCCGAUCGUCAACACGUCCGAUGCGAUAUCCAAGUUCAUCUCGAGCAUCACGCCGGGACAACUGACGGAGGCGCCUGUGGAGGUCGCGAAGCAGCUGGAAUUUUCGGUGCUGCGCGAGCUGAACGCGACCAUCGAGCAACACAUCGGCAGAGUCGCGUACGCCUGGAUAUGUCCGCUCCUCAUGGAGACCUUCGACAGGUUCUUCAGCACGUGGAAGUUCUACGAACGCGACAUGUGCAGGUCACCUCUGCAGCGAGUGCUCUUCUUGCUGGUUCGCGUCGAUUCGGACCGCCCGCAGAAAAAUCCAUCAACGGCCGAACAAGCUCUCCGCUACCUGCAUACCCAAUCGUCCUCGCGGAGUUUCGCCCGCGGUGCGCCCGUGGAAAUUGUCUCGUCGCCGUUCGGGAAUCUCUGGCUCAUCAACUCGAUGGCGCAGGGUAUCGUCAGCAACCUCAUCGGCGGCGUAGUCAUAACGGACGCGUACGUAUUCCCGAAGAGCGAGGGCGGCCCUGUCUACGUUGUCUCGCCGAACAGCGGAAACCGAACUCUCGUUGGGAUGGUGAUCGUGACGAUGACCUGGUGCCAAAAUGAAUGGGUGCACUACACCUUCGCCGCCAAUCUCGCGCUGUGUUUGUCCGUGGUUCUGCAGCAAAAACAUCGUCCUCUGCCUUCGAUCAAGUCCACCAUACGUCACGAUAAGCCAAGUGCGCUAGACAGAGGCGUCGUGAUGGUUACCUGCGGGAUCAAUAAAGGCACUGGCGUUCUCGUUGAUAAAGACACCGGAACAUUCCUGACGUGUUCACACGUCAUCGAAGAGGCGCCGGAAAUGGAGAUAUCGAUCGUUAUAUUUAGAGGGGGGAGGUAUUCACGCGUGCCGGCAAAGUUAUUGUUCAGUAACACGGAAAUGUUGCCUUACGACGUCGCUGUAUUGAGGGUGGAACCGAGCAUGUUGGACCCAUCGUUGGAACCCGUGCAGUUUUCCGAUGCUCCGAUCGUGCAAGGCGAGCCGGUGGUCGCCGUGGGAUUCGCGCUCUUGCUGUCGACCCGGCCGACCGUGAGUUGCGGCAUCGUGUCCAAAUCGUUGGACUGCAUGCUCAUGACGACCUGUUGCAUCCAGAGCGGCUUCAGCGGCGGGCCGAUAAUCAGCCGGAAGACCGGCAGAAUGCUGGGAAUGAUCGCCUCCAAUGUAGAGUCCAUGGACAGUAGCGUGCACUACCAGCGGAUGAGCCUGUCGGUACCGGUCGCUGUGCUGAGCAAGCCCCUGCGGCAAUACUUGCUCACUGACAAUGUGGACGUGCUGCGGUCUCUCGUAAGCGACGACCCGAUAGUGAAGAAAACCUGGGCCCUGGAGUUUCGUCUGCCGUCCAAACUGUGAAGGAAAAACGCGUUCGAUAAGAUAAAAUGAGCUUCCUGGGAAAAGGUUUGAAUUUAUAUUUGAAUUUUGUCGCUAUAUGUUUGUGCCUGUGUAUAAUCAUAUAUAAUUAUAUAUGUCCAAAUCUGAAAAAUGCUGUUACACUUGAAUGAUACUAUGAAUAUAAUUGAGGUAAAUACUUAUACUCGUGGCUGCCCACGGUGUAAACAUUUAAUUGAGUCAAAUUAUCUUUUCCGUUCUUCGCUCAAUAAUAUUCUUACUUAAUAGUAUUUUUACUUCGUGUGGAUAUAUAUAAUUGUAUAUAAUUAUGUAUAUAGCUACAUAUAGAGACAAAAUUCAUGUAUAAAUCACAUAUAAUUAUAUAUAAUUUUAUAUUAUCUUGUAUAAACAUUUUUGUCGGGUUUUUAAUCAACGACGGAUUCUUUUCUCUUCGCGGAUCCGCCUUUCGCCGUACGCGCGUUGUGGCGCGUAUUUGCGAUCCGAUUUGUGCGCGUGAGUUAUUAUAUAUGGAUAUUUAUAUAUGUACAUAUUGCGGAAUAUUGAGAGCCGAGUAUGAGUCACGCUAGACCGGCCGAUCCCGAUAUGCUCGACACGCCGCGCUGGCGAGCACAAUCUCGCCGUCGAAUCUCGUUGAAUAAUGCGCGCCAUUGACCGAGUUCGAUGUGCAGAGAGAAAGUUUUUCAUGACGUCAAGUGUGUGUGUGUGUGUGUACCGAUCACGAAGCGGCUCGAGUCAACGAUCCCGUCCUGGGAACGACGAGGAUUUCGCGAUGACGGAUUAUGGCGAUGAUCCGUCCACGAUUGCGUCGCGGAUACCGACGUCUUCGAGUUACCCUUCCAAUCGUCGUUCAUGUUACCUUUUGUUACAAACGCCACACUUGUUUUACUCGUUUUUUUUAACAAGAUAUGACUUCUACGAUAUUUUUAGACGUACGAAGACACGCGGUGAUGUUGUACUGUUUGUAAUAAACUAUUGCUCGCUGUA